GGGGGGGGGGGGGCGUAUUGGUCGGCUGCCCGCGGCCGUUUGGUGGCAGAGGCACCUCACUUUCGGGAGCAUGUCGACCCACGCCAUUGCCGGAUAUGCCGGUCACCCCGAGUACAAUGCCCGCAUCGAGGCUGGCUUCCGUGGCGCAUACAAUCCGACGUUGAGGCCAGGGGCCACUGGCAGUGAUCGGGCUAGCAAGCGGCGGGCGUCCGAGACAGCCCGUCGGGCAGAUCUCAAGGUGGUGGCAAAGGCAGCGGCAUCGCCGAGUGUCGACUCGACCACUACUCCGGCGCAGGCAGCGUUUACCGCGUCGUCGUCGUUGUCGUUGUCGUCGGGGGUGGCAGAUGGUGUCUUUGUUCGCCCCACGCCUGUUGGCCCGAUCUCGACACCGGGCGCAGCGCCGCCGUUCCUUGCCGCCAUGACGUCGGCGGCAGAGCGCAAGGCCCGGUUGGAGAAGACCAGGCUUCGGCCGUGGGCGGCGCCGGGGUACGGCGGACACAUUCCGUUCCGGCCGGAUGCCUCGCUCUCGUCAACCUGGCACCCCACGUUGCACAACUCGGCCGUGGCGACAAUCGACGCCGACACCGACGCCGACGCCGGCGCCGAUGGCAACAGCAAUGACAACACGGUCGCGGCGGCACUUCACCAUCGGCGGCUUGAGCCGCAGCCGACCGCGCCCGGGACCAAGGGCAAGCGGCUGUAUCCGCGCGGCGCGGCGUCGGCGCUCGAGGCGGCGGCGGCGGCUGGGGACGACGGCGCCGCCUCCGCUCGUCCGCCGUCGCGGGUCGCCAACGGGUACGCCGGCUUUGUACCCGGCCGCAACUCGCGGAUUGGACUUGGCACCUCGCGGGCCGGCCUCAUCAACCGGACCGCCGAGGUCCACACCCGGGCUGCGGCGCUGGCGUCGGUCCACCGGUGA